AUGCGAGCUCACUACCUCACAUGGCUUCACACCUUCCUUUACCUACCAUGUGUGUUGUCUAUGUCAGAUGUACGAAGGGUAGAGUUAAGAGAUGAGACUGCUUCACUGUUCAAGCAUGGUUACGAAGGAUAUAUGAAAUAUGCUUAUCCAGCUGAUGAGCUGCGACCUAUGAGCUGUGGGCCGUUAUACCGCGACUCCGAUCCAAACAACUAUGGUAUAAACGAUAUACACGCCAAUGUAUCUAUGACUCUACUUGAUGUCUUAUCUUCUUUACCUAUCGUUCAUCCUUCAGCAUUUCCAAAAGCAGUAAAACUGGUAGCAGAGCGAAUCUCGUUUGAUCAAGACGUCAAAGUACAAGUUUUCGAAAUGACCAUUAGAGCUUUAGGAGCUUUGUUAUCCACAUACCAAACUUUGGAAGAACUUCCUGAUGAACCAUUACAACAAGCUGAAAAGUUAGGGCUGGACUUAGAUAAUGGUUGGAGCUGGUCAAGUAAGAAACCAAUUGGAAUCGACGUUAAACAAUAUAAAGGAAGAAUGUUGGAAUUAGCUCAUGACCUUGGUAAAAGAUUAUUGCCAGCUUUUGGAACUGUUACUGGAAUACCAUAUGCAAGGGUUAACUUGAGAAAAGGGGUUCUUAGCGGUGAAAGCGUAGAAACGUGUACCGCAGGAGCUGGGAGCUUACUCCUUGAAUUUGCAUUACUUUCUCGUCUGACUGGGGAUGGUCGUUUUGAGACGUUAGCACAUCAAGCUUAUCUCGCUUUGUGGAAUAGAAGGACUCCACAGAACCUACUAGGCAAUACCAUUGGUGCUACACAUGGACAAUGGUUAGCACCUGGUAUGACCGGUAUAGGAGCAGGAAUGGAUAGCUUCUUCGAGUAUGGAGUCAAAGCUGGUGUCAUGUUAGAUGAUGAUACAUAUUAUGAUAUAUUUUACGACUCUUAUGCAGCUGUACAAACUCACAUACGGACGAAUGAUGGAUUCAUUUAUCGACCAAUUCAAACGCGACUUCUUCAACCCGCUUCACCCUCUACAAUCGAUUCUUUGUCAGCUUUCUUACCAGCUAUGCAAGUCCUAGCUGGUGACUUGGAAUCAGCAAUUAAGUCACAUCUUGUAUUUUGGAACUUAUGGAGAAAGUUCGACGCAAUGCCUGAAAAUUGGGCAUGGAAUGAAAGGAAAAUCGAAUGGACAGGAUACCCAGGUAGACCAGAAUUCAUAGAAUCGACAUACUACCUAUAUCAAGCUACCAAAGAUCCAUUCUACCUUCGAGUAGGCGACAAGAUACUACACGAUCUCAAAACUCGCACGAAGACUAAAUGUGGUUUCGCUACUAUGAAAAACGUCAUGACGGGUGAAUUAGAAGAUAGAAUGGAAAGUUUCAUGUUAUCAGAGACUCUUAAAUACCUCUAUUUGUUAUUCGCUGAUAUCCCAUUUCCAAACGCCAAUAAAGUAUUCACUACCGAAGGACAUUCACUAAAAAUGCCAACGUCCCUCCUAAGACCUCCAUCUAUACCUCGCCGAUCUAUGAGAAAGGGUGAAAACCCUACGUGUCCAGCUUAUCGACCCCCCAUAUAUGGUGGGACAGGUCCGGGUGAAGGGAUCGUGAUGGGAAUAGAGGGAAGAGCAGAUUACGACUAUGCUAGAGGAUUAAUAUACGGCUGGAACAAUACGGGAGUGGAUAUCGAAGAUGGGAAGAAAUUGUGGUUUGAUGGAGGCAUUUGUAAAACACCGAAUGUACCGAAAUUUGCUUUCGAAAUUGUCCUUUCCCCGCUCAACACCACUGACCUAAACUCCGCGCCGCCUGAGGACCCAUCGCCUGGGCCAAGUAAAGUGGCUCAGGAUGCUCUCACAGGUGAUUACCACAUUACCGACAUAGAGGGGUUAAGACUAGGUGUUAGAUGGAGAUUCGAUGGUAAAGGCUAUGAUGUUGCCAAUGUUGGACCGCAUCGUAUUAGACAAGGCCAAAAUGUCAUCAUUACUGAUCCAGCAAUGCGAGGUCAUUCACCUAUCCCAUCUCCUGCACCUGUCGACUCGGAAAACCCAGCCGAAGUCAUCCUGCGUUUCCUCACUUAUCCCUCUGAGCCCAAAACCGAAAUCACGAAACCCAGCGAUGGUCAGAUAUUGUUACAUGCCGUAGGAGCAACAGCUACUUUUGGUCAAAGCUUUUCUGUACCUCCAAACGGUAAAACGCAAAGUGAAGGAUGGGCGAUAAACUCCAAUAAACCUAUCAGGUUGAUAAUACCUCCAAGAGAAAGGGGUGAACCGUACGAGGGAUGUGAUAUCCGUCAUCUACAAAAUCUAAAUCUGGAUAUAGCCUCAAAUAAUUUCAUCUUGGUGGUCUAUAGGGGAGGAUGCACAUUCCUUAACAAGAUGUUGAUAGCCAAAGAAAUAGGUGCGAUGGGAAUCAUAGUAAUUGGUUAUCCACCUAUUGAACAUGGUGGUAAACCUCAAGAACAAGAACAGGGUUUGAUCAGACCUUCAGCAGAUAUAUCAGAAAACUCGGAAGAUUUCGAUAAAAUAAAGAAUGUAGGAAUGAUUUAUAUUGAAUGGGUCAUCGGUGAUAUCCUUCGAAUAAUAUCAGAAGAAGAGAAAACAGUGUUAGCUGUUCAAUUGUUGAAUAUCGACAAUAAUGAUCUUGAUAUUCAAGAUAAUACAAUGUCGACGUCAACGUCAACAUCCAGUAAAACUGAAAAACAACGACAAUCAGAUACGACUGGUUUGUUAAUGGUUGGUCAAUACCCAAUCAUCAAUUUGAAAGUUUUAGAUAGUAAUAUUAGGUUCCAAGGAGGUCAUAUACCAUAA